GAGUGCUGUUGGUCACAACCUCCAGAAUGCAGCAAGAUGUAGGCAUUUGUGACAUUUGUUUUAGGAGAUUUUAUUCAUUUAAAAAACUCAUCAAGCAUUGGGGGAAAAUGCACCCUGAGAUUAUCACUAUAAAGUGUUGUUUUUGUAAAAACAUUACAAUGGAGGAAUCCUACGCAAAACAUAAAGAUGAUUUUCAUUUCAAAUUAAAAAUGGCAUGUCAAUUUUGUUUCUAUACGACAAGAAAGUGGCACCGUUUGAAAAAACAUCAUAAAAAAUGCCACGUAGCUGUAGAAGAAGAAACAGUUAGCUCUCCAAAUAUGGAAUUUAAAACUGAUCAACAAACAAACCUCAUUCCAGAGAUGGUUGAUGUGGAGCGUCACUGUCCUAAAUCACAAGAGCCAGAACAAUUAGAAAUGGCUGGUAAAGUCAAGAAUGAAACUAAUGUAGAUCCUUUCAACUCUGAUUUGAUGCAGUCUGUAGGGGAACUAGUGUGUGAUGGUAAAGUCAAGAAUAAAACACAUGUAGAUAAGUCUGAUUUGAUGCAGUCUGUAGGGGAACUAGUGUGUGAUGGUAAAGUCAAGAAUAAAACACAUGUAGAUAAGUCUGAUUUGAUGCAGUCUGUAUGGGAACUAGUGUGUGAUGGUAAGGUCAAGAAUAAAACACAUGUAGCUAAGUCUGAUUUGAUGCAGUCUGUAGGGGAACUAGUGUGUGAUGGUAAAGUCAAGAAUAAAACACAUGUAGAUAAGUCUGAUUUGAUGCAGUCUGUAUGGGAACUAGUGUGUGAUGGUAAAGAGCUCCCAGCUGUAGAAAGUUUUGUGUGUGAUGUUUGUCAAAAAAGUUUAACUUGCGUCAAACAUUUGUCAAUGCACAUGCUAGUACAUAAACCUUUGCGUAGCUUUAUUUGUGAUCAUUGUGACAGGUGGUUCAACGAACCAGAUGAUUAUGAUCUACACAUAGGAACCCAUUUUAAAUGUAUGCACAGGCCAUUUAUAUGUACAUACUGUAAAAAAUCAUAUAUAACUAAAAGUAAUCUGUUAGUUCACACACGAAGGCACACAGGUGAUUUGAAAUACAAGUGUCCCCAAUGUAAAUAUGCAGCAUCACAAAUUUGUGACUUAAAAAAUCACUUGAGAAUCCAUUCUAAUGAAAGACCAUUUAAGUGUACUGUUUGUGAGUAUUCUGCACAUAAAAAAUCUACUCUAAUACACCAUACGAGAUCACACACUGGUGAAAAGCCCUUUUGUUGUAAAGUAUGUGGCAGGAAAUUCAGCAUUAGGAGUAGCUUAAUAAGUCACAGGAAUCGAGUACACUUGGCUUAGCAAAUGUUUUGGAGAUACAUUUUGUAUUAUCUAAAUACCAAAAUUUGUGUACUUAUCUAAAUAAUGUUAAUUUACUUUAACAAUGUAUGUAUCCGUACUUAUUUUGUGAAGAUUUGUAACUAGUAAUUACCUUUAAUAAUCACCUUUUUAUUGUAUUGAUAAAAACCUACUGAAGUAUUUUUAGCUACUUUGUUCAUUAUUAUUUUGGCAUUGUCAUUAGUCAUAAUUCAGAAUGACAACAAAUGCAGUGUUUUUUUUGUAUACAGUAUAGGUUUAUAGAAUGACUAGUAAAAACAGCUAUGUUAAUAAGUUGAGUUAUUAUAAUUGUAAUGUAAUUCCUUGACAGACAUGGCCUCUUUCCAAUAUCUCCACUCCGGAGUCUUUGUUAGUGGUGUAUACAAAUAUUUUAUUUCAUAAUAAUUUUGGAUUUCUUAAAUACUAGUGUAUAUUAGAGGUAUACAUUCUUUUUACAUAAUUUUUUUAAAGUAUACUAAACACAACUUGCAACUUGAUAAUACAUUAGUAUAUUCUUUUUUUUAAAAAUAGAAACACUUAAGUGCAAAGAAACAUGUUGACAGGACUUUAACGUAACUAAUAAAAAUAGAACUAACCCUAGUAAAUGUUGAUUUAAAAAUUAUUAUAAUAGGUAAUAUAUGAAUUCUUGUCAUGAAUUUUUGUUGUAAAUUUCAUAUUUUUUUGUUUCUGUUAGUCACUUAAAAAAAGUAACUGGCCAAUGUGACCAUCUUCUGUACUCACUGCAGCCAUCUUUUCCUCCUUAUCAAACCCACCUGUACUAGUCCCUGCGGACAGCACCAACACAGAGGAGGUUUUCUGCUCAAUACAUUUUAUUUUCAUUAUUUGUUCAUAUCAUCACGGCAGUUAUCU